UUGAACUUUGCCGGCCGAUCGGAGGGUUUGCCAAAGAAUUAAGGUUUUAUGGUACUUUAAUUGCUGCUGCUCCAUUUGUGGGUGGCUUUGUUCCAAAAAAUUUCUUUUAGUUUUUAGGGUUUUUGUGUGUAGAUGAUGGAAGAGAAACCCGUGAUGUCAAAUACAAAGAACACACAAGAACUAGCAGCAGAAGGGUUGAAGUAUCUAGAGGACACAACUGAAUCAGCAUUUCAGAUCCUUUCUUCCAUUAAUGAUGAGCUCUGUAACCCUGCAUUAUGGUCAACUACAGCUGCAGCUCACUCUUCCAGUGGCAUCAACAGUGAUGUUUCUGACUCAACACAUUAUGGUGAAACAGAAAGUGGAACCCUGGAAGAGGCUCGCCUUCGUUAUAAAUCUUCUGUGGCUUCUCUUCGAGCUGUUCUUUUAGCCAUUCCCAAUUCUCUGAAGGCAUGUGAGACAGGGACCACCAUUGGAAGUUCAGAAUCCCAAGUAGAUCAAGCUGAAAUUGAGAAACUUGAAGAGCAAGUGACCAAUUUAAGAAAGCUUAAAACAUCAGGCAAUUCAAACUACUUGAUAACUGGACUUCGGUUUUCUCUUUCAGUUCUGGUGUUAACUACAACUCUAUUCAGCUCAACUCAGCCUUCUCCCAACUAAAUGAGGUCAGCUACAUGGAUUUUUACCUCCAAUCAUAUCUUUUCAAAGGAACUUACAGAAAAGAACAAGCAUCUGAAGCUCCUAAUCGAUCAGCUUCGAGAUCUUAUUACUGACAUUUCCAUGUGGCAAAGUCCUUGUUCUGUUUGAAUCUCCAAAUACACGUGUAUAAAAUGAAAAGUGGUGGAUUCUGGUCAUUUUUUUUUCUCAGCCUCACAAAUUAAAACUAUUGUUGAAAGUGGGAUUUGGACUGAUUUACAGUCUUUUUCUUCUAGUACUUGAACUUUUAUAUUGCAAACAAUUACUGAAAAACGGAAGUGGCAGAAAGUUGUAGAUCUUCUAUGACUAUAACUAGAAUUUGGAUCAAUAUGAAGUUAAUCAAAUCUAUUAGUGGA